UCCUGCCGCCGCCACCAUGACCACCUCCAUCCGCCAGUUCACCUCCUCCAGCUCCAUCAAGGGCUCCUCCGGCCUGGGGGGCGGCUCGUCCCGCACCUCCUGCCGGCUGUCUGGCGGCCUGGGUGCCGGCUCCUGCAGGCUGGGAUCUGCUGGCGGCCUGGGCAGCACCCUCGGGGGUAGCAGCUACUCCAGCUGCUACAGCUUUGGCUCUGGUGGUGGCUAUGGCAGCAGCUUUGGGGGUGUUGAUGGGCUGCUGGCUGGAGGUGAGAAGGCCACCAUGCAGAACCUCAAUGACCGCCUGGCCUCCUACCUGGACAAGGUGCGUGCCCUGGAGGAGGCCAACACUGAGCUGGAGGUGAAGAUCCGUGACUGGUACCAGAGGCAGGCCCCGGGGCCCGCCCGUGACUACAGCCAGUACUACAGGACAAUUGAGGAGCUGCAGAACAAGAUCCUCACAGCCACCGUGGACAAUGCCAACAUCCUGCUACAGAUUGACAAUGCCCGUCUGGCUGCUGAUGACUUCCGCACCAAGUUUGAGACAGAGCAGGCCCUGCGCCUGAGUGUGGAGGCCGACAUCAAUGGCCUGCGCAGGGUGCUGGAUGAGCUGACCCUGGCCAGAGCCGACCUGGAGAUGCAGAUUGAGAACCUCAAGGAGGAGCUGGCCUACCUGAAGAAGAACCACGAGGAGGAGAUGAACGCCCUGCGAGGCCAGGUGGGUGGUGAGAUCAAUGUGGAGAUGGACGCUGCCCCAGGCGUGGACCUGAGCCGCAUCCUCAACGAGAUGCGUGACCAGUAUGAGAAGAUGGCAGAGAAGAACCGCAAGGAUGCCGAGGAUUGGUUCUUCAGCAAGACAGAGGAACUGAACCGCGAGGUGGCCACCAACAGUGAGCUGGUGCAGAGUGGCAAGAGUGAGAUCUCGGAGCUCCGGCGCACCAUGCAGGCCUUGGAGAUAGAGCUGCAGUCCCAGCUCAGCAUGAAAGCAUCCCUGGAGGGCAACCUGGCGGAGACAGAGAACCGCUACUGCGUGCAGCUGUCCCAGAUCCAGGGGCUGAUUGGCAGCGUGGAGGAGCAGCUGGCCCAGCUUCGCUGCGAGAUGGAGCAGCAGAACCAGGAAUACAAAAUCCUGCUGGAUGUGAAGACGCGGCUGGAGCAGGAGAUUGCCACCUACCGCCGCCUGCUGGAGGGAGAGGAUGCCCACCUGACUCAGUACAAGAAAGAACCGGUGACCACCCGUCAGGUGCGUACCAUUGUGGAAGAGGUCCAGGAUGGCAAGGUCAUCUCCUCCCGCGAGCAGGUCCACCAGACCACCCGCUGA